AUGAAGGGGGCUGUCAAGACCUCGUUGGGCCUUCUCGCCCUAAGCUUAAAAGCAAUGGUCAAGGCACAACAAACAACCUCUUAUAUUGACCCCGAUACUUCUAUUGCAUUCCAGCAAUACCUUCACAGCGGAACUGGCUUCGCGUUUAGCAUCGCAUUCCCAGAGGCGACAUCCAGCGACUUCAUUGGUCAGAUUACCGCGCCAACUUCUAAAGGGUAUGCUCCCGUUUCCCUCGGUGGCAGCAAGUCAUUUGCCCCUGAUUCGGCUACUCAAACACUUGGGUUCGCCCUCAGCGAUAAGGCGGUAACGGAAUCUUCCAACUCCGGUUCGGUACUCAACUACCACGCGGCCGGCUUUGGCCUCUGGGGCGUGAACGCGACCGCGGCUCGCUCUUCCGAGUUUGCCGCAUGGGCCGCACUUGCAUCGGAAGCGCCCACUGCUCCCCAGCCUACAGUUUCUGGGAAUAGCACAACGCCCGGAGUCCCUGCUAACGUGACAACGACUAUCUCGAACGUAACCUACGACUACAUCGUUGUGGGUGCCGGUGCGGCAGGCAUAGUUGUUGCUCAACGUCUUACAGAACCAGGUCACAGCGUACAUCUUCUGGAGCGUGGAAGCCCCUCCUAUUUCUCUACUGGCGGCAAAGCCAUCAUGGAUUGGAAUGCGACUGUCACCCAAUACGAUGUUCCCGGUAUGGCGUAUCACCUCGCCACUGCCAAGGACACGAGCGAGUACUGCACAGACACGGCUUCGCAGGCCGACUGUGCUCUGGGCGGCUCAACCAUAGUCAAUGCCAUGAUCUGA